UUUAUCUUUUUCGACGAGCGAAUUAAAAAGAGUGGUUCUUUUCUUAUAUAGGCUAAAGUGAACAGAACAAUAGGACAGAGAUCAAAGAAUAGGAAGAGAAAAGAUUAAAUUCGUGAUCUCGCAAGGUGUUACAGGGCCUUCUCCUGUUUCCUGAGGUCCUCAGAUUACAUGUCAAAAAUCCUUGUCGGUGGUAUCGGUCGAGGGAGGAUAUAGGGGAUGGGAGAUUUGGUUUGAUCGAAGGAGUCUCGGACAUAGGGACGGGAGAUCAGGAAAACCAUCAGCAAGAACCAACGCGGCAGUCACAGCAAUGAAGAAAAGGAGGGAGAGCUGUUUGGUGCAGGCGCUGCCGGCGCGGCAUUCAAGCCGCAGUGGGGUGGGGUAACUUAGAAGAGUGGUGGGGGUUGUAGGUUCCCCUACGAUGGCGUGGCGACCCAUUCGUUCGUUCCAUACGCUUUAAUCGAAAGUCAGAUCGCCGCGGACUGCCGCGUCGUCACGCGGACACUCGUUGUCUUUCCCAUUUCUUUUUUUCACUAUUCUCGCCGCAUAACAUUACAAAGGUUUUAAGAAAUGUAUAAAAACGAGUGUUAAAUAAGAGUGAGAAAAUCGAAAUGUAUACUCGUGCGAAGUAACAGUGUAAACAGAAAAGAGAGAGAGGGAGAGAGAGGAUUGUUGGUGUGUUACACAAAGAGACUAUUUACUCGUGUAGGAGGACGGUUCACUGGCCGUACAAAGUACUGGUAAUGUUGAUAGUUCUUAGGUACACAUAUAAGAGCAAGCAUAGUGGAGUCACAUCAGGAUGACCUUUCGAAAUAUGCCUUUCGCCUGACACCUGACAUUUCGUCGUUGAGAUCGUUUUGUGUUAUCCGAUAAAACUCGACGAUAGGUAAACGAGAACACAAAAAGGAACGACGACAUUGUGAAAGAGCCUUCCUAACAUCUUUCAAUCGGUAUUCGAACUUUCAUCGUCGUGGAAUAAUAAUUUCAUCACAUAAAAGUAAUGGAAAUUCGAUAGACGAAACAAAAUAAAAUAAAACGAAAUAGAAAAUCUUUUGAACGCAAACGUCGAAUAUCGUUUAUAUUAAUUAUUGAUCGAGAAAGAAACAAAAAAAAAAAAAGAAAGAAAGAAAGAAAAAAAACGAAAAGAAAAGAAAGAGAAAGAAUAGAAAAGAUACAAAGAAGAGAAAAGGAAAGGAAGAGACGAGCGAAAGAUACCGAAAGAGGUGUGUCAGGGUUGCGUCGCUUCGCUCGAUGACAGUUCAGAAGAAGUUGGAAAAGCACGAAAAUCGGAAGUAGGAGUAAGACUGAAGAGGAAGCUCAAGACGGAGACGAGAAGACGGAUUGGUGCGAACUCUUAGCCGAGUAGCGCGCGUAUCAACGGUAUAGUCCGGGGGCAUAUACCCAGGGUAUAUGCGUGGCGUAUUAAUAGACAUCGGUAGCUCGUUGGUGGGGGGGACGACGCUUGCUCGAGGGUGAAAAUAGAAAAGAAUGUUUUUGGAAUCCAAUUGGACUUGGUUGGCAGAACGAUGGGUCAAUAUGGCCGACUUGGCCGAGCGGGUGGACGAUCUGAUAUGCAGUUUCGACUCGACUGGUGACACGACCAUGGAUACAUUGUCGAUGCUAAUAUUCGGUUGGAUGUUAUUCGGUCUCGUGGUAUUGUGCGUCGGCAAGUACGUUUACAAUCGUUUUGUCCUAAACGAGCUCGGUACCUCUCGCACCGCGAAGGACGGCCAUGUCUUUCACGGUGAUAGUGUUGUGGUGACGAGUGCUGCUGUAGGUGCUGCUGGUGCCGCCACCGGGGCCAAGUUCCUCGGUCAUCAGGAAAGAUCAAGCAAAUUAUCGGCGUCUUCGGUCGGUGUUGCAUCGAGCUCGAAAACAUCGACUUCGACCGGUCCGAUCGGAGUAAGUGGUGCCGUAUUAGCUGCCGCUAAUACAGCCGCAUCUUUCGGGGGAGGUAGCAGUGGCGCUUCUUCGACUAUUGCCGUGGCACCCGUUCCACCCUCCUCAUCUCCCUCCUCCCCUGGCUACGUCCCACCAACUCCGCCGGUCCGGAAACGACUGACAAGGAAGACUUCCGGUGCUCUUAUCACUCCUGCCAGAAGUUCGAGGGCCCUUCAUUUGCCUACGGCGACCGGUGCCGACGCUGAAGCCGUUCGUUGGGUCAACGAACUGAUCGUCUGGCUGCACUCGGAUCUUGUCAUCCUCAACGAACUUCUCGCCCUUUGGGUGGCUUCUUUGAACGACUUUACCGCCGGUUCCGUCGACGAGCAUGGAGUGGGCGUCGAAUUUGUGCGUGUUCUUCCGGAAACACAUCCUCCAACUCUGUCAAAUAUUUUCUGCGAAUGCGACUCUAAAGACGAUGUGACCAUAACGUGCGACUGCGAGGCAACUCCGGCCCUGCAGUUAAAAGCAUUUCGUCAAAGAGGCGACAAGUUGGAAUCUAGUCACUAUCGUGUCAACGUGAAUCGCUUCCGUGCUCGGCUCAACGUCGUUUGCAUCACCGAGAAACUUCUAAUCGAUCUAAAGUGCGACGGAUGGCCCGAGGUAAAGAUAUCCCUGGCACAGGUAGGAACGAUAAAGAAGGAUUUGGACGAGAGCCAAUUACAGGAAGUAGUGACGGAAAUUGUGGUUGGUGCUUUGAGAGGUAUCAACGUUCAUCUUAAUCUAUCGCAAUAUCCAACUUGUCCGCGAUUAUGGAGAGAACCACCUACGCAGCCUGGCUUCUCCUUUCCGGUACAUUACGACAGUAUGAGCGGUUCGAACUCGAUGAUACACAAGACAUCGCCUCAACAUCUUCAUACACGUAAUGCAACUUCUGCGGCGCAGCUGCAACAACAACAACAACAACAACAGCAACAAUACAUGCCUGGUGAAAAGCGUUUGCUCGUAAAGGUUGUAAAGGCAACUGAACUUGGUGGGCAGCAUCCAUCGGUUGAACCAUAUUGCGUUGUUGAAUUAGACGAACCACCGCAAAAGCAUCAAACAUCGAUCAAAAAGGAUACGACCAAUCCGAUAUGGGACGAAGCUUUCUUAUUCGAUGUCAGUCACAACACGACAGAGGUACUACUGGAAGUUUACGACCGCGUAAAUAAGAGCCAAAAAUUCUUGGGUCUCGGAAUAGUAGGGGUCGAAGAACUUCUGGCAAAUCCUAGCCAAAGGCAAAUCAUACCGUUACAAGGUAGACCUUACGAGGAGGACGAUGUAACCGGCACCCUCACCGUAGAGUUUCUCUUCAUCGAGGGUGCAGAAGUGCCACAGAUCGGAUCGAAGCCUUACAAAGUGAAGGAGACAAUAAAACCGGUGUCCCCGACUCGUACCUACAAUCCAGCGACCAAUCUCGUCAGCAGCAAUAGUCUUAAUUACAACAAUGGUAACAGCACUCUUAUCUUGUACGACAAUACCACUCUGUCAGACGGGGAUCCUUAUUUGACGAAUGGUAAUGUCGUCGAUUCGCCAUAUAGAAGCGGUCAAACGAACGGUAACAAAGGGACUCUGAUCGUGCACAGCCAGCAAAGGCAAGCAGAGCGACAAGUAGUAAAGGUAGCUUUGACGGAAAAUGGAAAUUGGCAAGAAAUUUCCCCCGAGCACGGUGCAAAGGAUACCAGCAUGACGUCAGGACCGGAGAGUACGCCAAAUUCCUCUAAUUCAGAAGAAAGAGGAAGAACACGAAGAAAACGAAGAGAUUUCUUUGGCACGAUAAAAAAGCGUUUGAGUCGAUCAAAAACGAGAAGUAGAUCGGUGGGACCCGAAGGUGACAUUAAUCACGAGGAUGCACAUUCAAGGUCAAUAUCCGCUGACAGGGCACGAGAUCCUGGAUCAGCACAUUUGUCGAUACCAGGAAGGGAAGAACAUUCAAGGAGAUCAAGUUUAAGCGAAGCUUCCGGCAUUAGCGGAACUUCUACGAGAACUUACGUCAACGAGGCCUCUACUCUCGUUUUAGAAACUUUAGAGAAUGGUAUUAAAAAACAUUAUUUGGUACCACUUUCGCUCGCACAAAAGAGCAAGUGGAGGAAAAAGGGUACGAAACUUCAUAUAUUCAACGAUCACACGUUCAUCGCCAAACACAUGCCAGGAGGUACAGUCUGCGAAAUCUGUAAACGAACGCUUGCUCGAAGAUUAGGUAAACAAGGAUACGAGUGUAGGGACUGUCAAAUGAAAUGCCACAAACAUUGUCACGUUAAAGUAGACACAACGUGUCCUACGUCCACUAUACAGAGCAUCGAAUUGUCCCUACUGCCGGUACUGAGCGAAUAAUAAGAUAGGACCUACAUAAAGGUUCCUGAGAUUGAAAGGAAGUCGUCGAUACGUUUAUGCUGAUUGGGAACCUCUACUAUUUAGAUCUAAGCGGUCUUUUUAUUAUUAACAAUUACAAGACGGUAGGAUGAAAAAAGAAGAAGAAGUAGCAGAAGAAGAAGAAGAAGAAGAAGAAGAAGAAGAAGAAGAAGGAAAAAUAGAAAAAUAGAUAAAUUCGAAAAAGAGAGAAAACAAUGGAAAUCAAAGAAAAAUAUUUUAAGCUCGUGAUCGAGUUUUAUGUACUUACUUACUUACUUCGAAGAUUAAUUAGGUAAGCAUCGUCGAUAAGCUAGAUAAUCUUUUUUCCUUUUUUCUUUCUUUUUUGUAAAGCAACAUAUUCAUUAACUUUCGGUAAAAAAAAAAAAAAAAAAAAAAAGAAAAGAAAUAUCGCUUUACUCUCACAAUCUUCGGCUUUGAACGAAGUUCCGUUCGAGGAGACGACGAUGACGACGAAAAUGACAACGAUUAAAAAAAGAAUGAUAUAUAUAUAUAUACAUAUAUAUAUACAUAUAUAUUCGCGUACAUGCGAAUUUAUGAUAAAAAGAUUAAUCAAAACAAUGGAGUCAAAGAGAUAAGCGAAUUUAUAAAAACCGUCUUACCGCUCAACUUCUUCCACUUUAAGUUCUUAUCGAUAAUUUAAAUCCUCUUUUCUUUUGUUCAUCUUUUUUUUAUUGAUUCUUUUUUUUUGUUUGUUUUUAAACAUUGACAUG